CGAUUCAGGCAAGCAAUUAUUCGAAUUGGGCGUUCAGUUAUCCGAUUCGGGCAUUCAAUUAUCCGAUGUUCUGUCCUAAUUAGAAGAUGCUCACUCACGUUUCAGCUGAACAAUAAAUGAUUGAUUCAAGAAAGGUGGGAAGACAAAGUAGUAAAAUUCGAGCUCUUGAUUAGCUAAAAACCCGCUAAGACGCAUGAUCGACUGUUGCAUGGUAUCACGCAAGACGCGUGAUUUACAAAGUGUGCGGAUUACACCACGAUUGACGGAGCAAGGCGUUGUUUGCUAUUGCGCGUGCGCAGGACUGUAGAUUUCAAAAUUAUGUACCAUACGUCAACUGUUUAUUGCGCGUGCGCUGAAAGGUAGAUUCUGAUGGAUUAUACAUCUGGCUGGGAAUCUGUCGUGGCUUCAUCAGCCGGUGCUGCUGUAUAUCUUGACACGACUGCAGUAGAGCUAUGUCGUCUUUCCGGAAUACAGACCAAACUCUGGGAAGCAGGCGCUCUUUCUAUUCAAAAUCUAGGGAAAGUUCAGGGAAGAUGCAAAGUUGAAGGUGGAAUAUGUGUUGUUGUUUGUGGUCGAUUUUGGUCUAUUGAGCAUUAUCAGAAAGUGCGUCAUUUUUUGAGUUCUGGAAACUACAAACAUUAUGUGGUCUACAUCUCUACACGAGAAGACGUUCUUGUUCAUUGUGACAUACCAUGUGACAGCUACAGUGAUCUCCAAGUAAAGCUUCUUCAAGAAGCUAGGAAAUCGAAGAUGGCUAUGGAUUCCAGAGUUAAUGUGCGGCAUUUUGCUGUACUAGGAGCAGCCAUCAGUUCGGACCUGGUGAUCACUCCUGGAUUUUCUUCGCUGUUUCCAUUGCUGCCAACAGAUGUGCCUCAGUUGCAGCUAGCUGCACAAAUGAAGGGUCUUCAAAAAGAAAUAAAAAGUCUUCAUGAUCUUGAGAUUCAUCUUCUUCCUGAGACACUUCAAGUUCAGCUGAGAGUGUUUGUUUCUCAGUUGAAUGACUUCUUUUCUCAAUUGGAUAUUGGGGAAGAUUGCUAUGCAGUUGGCUCAAUGAGUAAGGUUAUUGCAGCUGAGCUUGCUAAUUUGUCAUCUGCCAAAAGCAGAAGAAAAAAUGCUUCUCACAAGGCGUCUCUUAUACUGAUUGAUCGUUCAUUGGAUUUGGCAGGUCCUGUCAGUCACACAAGUGACUGCUUAGCAGAUCAGAUUUCUAGACUACUACCUCCUCUUCAUGAAACCAGUUCCGAUGUAUAUGUAGACAUGUCAGAAACAUUUUCACAACCAAGACACUCGGUUGAUGCCUUGGCUCCAGGCACAUUGUAUCAUCCAGACAGUCCUCUUGCUCAAGGGUUACUUAACUCAUUUAUUUUGAAGCGACAAAAGGAGGCUGUGAUGGAGACGUCAAGAGUGCUUCUUGAUUGCUUGGCUAAGGAACUUAUUGAGACAGAAUCGGCUAUGCGUGUUGGACGAAUGACACCUGAAAAGAUCAAGGGAUUCAUCAAGGAAUUUAGUGGCCGUCCCAAAAUUAUGGCAAAGUAUGGUGGACUUGUUCAAUGUGCUGUUGCUGCAAUCAGUGCUUUGGAAAGUUCACAUUGUGCUCACAUGGAAAGACUGUUGAGUGUAGAAAAGGUUCUGUUGCUAAGCUUAGGAGAGGAAGGAGCAGUCAGUGCUGUUCGGACACUGUGUGAUUUAUUUAAUCAGAAGAGACAAGACAUGAAUUUGUCAAUCGAGGAUAUCAUUUUGUUGGCUGUGUUUGCAUACUCUUUUGCAGAGACUAAGACAGAUGAUGACGAAGAUGGGCAGCUCAAGGGCCUUAUAGCCAGUCUAAUCAAUUCACAGCCUAGUCAUGUUGCUGAAGCAUUCGUUGAUUCAAAUCGAACGGUAGAUCAGAAGCUUGACAGUUUGUUUAAAAAGCUACAUUGUCUACAUGAACUUCGAUCACAGUUCCGACAAUUUGGAAGCCUUUAUUGUCAACGACUUCAUCACACAACAAAAACUUAUGUCCCAUUAGUGAAGCAGGUUGUGGAAGCAGUUCUUAAUCCGAACAAGCUUGACCUCCCUGAUGUUGAAUAUCAAUCACAUGGCCUUCGAGAUUACCUGAAGACCGGCUUUAGUCUAUUAACAAACAUUGGCAAAGCUCAUCCUGGAAAUCACCGUAUAUUGUUUCUGUUUAUUGUUGGUGGUGUCACUUUUUUGGAAUUGAGGCAUAUUAGAGAGGUGGUUGUGGCUGCAGGAGCUGAUAAGCAGGUGGUGGUUUGUAGCACUAGAGUAAUACGAGCUAGGGAUGUAUAUAGACAACUAGUAAAUUGUGAUAACUUAUCACCAGCUGCUAGUUAGUGGUUUGUUGUAAUUUUAAUUUGACACCAGAUAUCACCCCACCAACUGUGGUCUUUCUACUGUAUAUACAGUACAGUCGUUAACAAAUGAUAUCUUCAAUCUUGA